AUGCUCAGGUCUCAGGCAGUAACUGCCCCUCUGGUGCGGAACUCUCUCCUCCUAGUGCUCCUGCUGCAGCAAGCCGGGGUCAGGGCUGAGACAGGGGUCGCGACUGAGGCCGGGGUGGGGGCUAGUGAGUCUGGGGUCGGGGCCAGUAGAUGUCCCAAGGGCUGCCUGUGUUGCUCCGACAUCCUCAGCUGUGCCGACAACGGUCUGAAGGCACUGCCCUCCGAGCUGCCCGCGUACACCACAACCCUGGACCUCAAUCACAACCGCCUGAAGGAGCUGAAGAAGGGAAGCUUUGCCGCGCUGCCCCGUCUGGAGUCUCUCCGCAUGGCUCAUAACUGCCUGAAAUUCCUUGAGCCCGGAACCUUCUGGAACAGCAGCGCGCUACGAAAACUGGACCUGUCGUCCAAUCAGCUGGAAAAGGUAGAGGCGCACUACUUCCUGGAGCUGACAGGAUUGGAGGAGCUGCUGCUCUUCAACAACCGCAUCGUCCGCGUGGAGAGCAAGGCCCUGGCGGCGCUCGGCAACCUACGCAAGGUCUACAUCAGCCACAACCGCCUCACGGACUUCCCCUUCUCCAUCCAGGAGGACAGCCAKCCCUUCCUGGUCACCAUGGACCUGUCCUCCAACAGCAUGUCCAAACUCCCCCUGGUGGACAUCGAGACCCUGCCGGCGGCCUUGCAGAGCGGACUCUUCCUCCACAACAACACCCUGAUCUGCGAGUGCGAAAUGUACAACAUGUUCCGGCGCUGGGAGCAGAAGGGGUUCCCCUCGGUCAGUGACUUCCGUGAGGAGCACACCUGCCUGGUGUAUGGGGAACACAAGGCCUCCGUUAAAUUUUUCCACCACAGACGCUUCUUUGAAGUGAACUUGAAGUGUAGUACGGCAGUGGCUGGAGCUCUAUGGGAGCCUGAGGGAAGCCUGCUGGUGUACGAAGGAGCCGCCGUGGUUCUGGACUGUCACACCAUGCUCAAAGGACAGCACCUAACCUACUUGUGGGUUUCGCCUCACCAUGGGGCAGGGGCCCCGCCGGAGAACAACGGCACUCUCCGCAUGCACGCCAACGGCAGUCUGGAGAUCGUGUCGGCGCAAGUCGAGGACUCCGGCGUGUACUGGUGCAAGGUUUUCGACGGGACUAAGAGGAACGAGUCAUGGGAGGUGAACGUGACGGUGUUGAUGCGACACGAUGAAACCGAGCCCUUCAACACGGGGUUUACGACCCUCAUCGGGUGUGUGACGACCCUCGUUCUGGUCCUCAUGUACCUUUACCUGACCCCCUGCCACUGCUGUUGCCACAAGCAGCACCCUCUGCCUGGUACCCCCAGCCCGGCCAAUGACCAGUACAGUGCCCAGUCCUCAAUCCUGACUCCCACCCCGCCCGCCACCACAGAGGGCCCAGGCCGCAAGGUCAGUAACAACAAGCAUGUGGUGUUUCUGGAACCCAUCAAAGAAGUGCAGAACGGACGGCUAAGGGRGGCUACAGGUGCGCUGUCCCCAGUCUCGGUGUCAGGCCACUCCAUCACCUCAGUCUUCUCAGACUCACCCAUCGUACCAUAG